UUCCAACUGUCUGGGUGCACAGAUGCGUUUUCUCGGCUCUCUGGUGACUCUGCCCGGGACUUCUGACCACCCCGACUCCAGGGCGCCCAGGUGGCGAGAGCCGGGGCCAUCCCGGGCCAGGGACCCGCCGGCUCCACCGCCUGCCUCUGCUCCUGGGAAAGGCGCUGCCACGGCAGCCCUGGCUCAGGAAAGUCUUCGGACCGCAGCCAGACCCCCUGCAAAGCAUGCAAAUCUGCGAAACCCCCGCCCGCACGCGCGUCACGCCUUCUCCAGCCCUCCGCCUCGGGGACUCCAGGGCCCGGCCGCGGCCCGAGACUUCGGGGAACGGCGCUGCGGGGGCACCGAGGAGGCAGCCAGGUCUCCACGCUAGAGGGGUGAUGCCUCAGUCAGGAUGUGUCUGAAGAAUUGCUGGGGCGAUUGUGUCAGCUGAGGGCAAAGAAGGGAAAACAGAAGCAAAGAAAACCACCUCAAAAGUCUCGUGUUUGCUGUUGUUAAAAGGCUGUUUCUUCAUUUCUGAUUUCCUUAUCUUUCACUACAAAGAAAAAACUCAAAAGAUGUGUCUACAUUGGAUGAGAAGAAAACACUAACAAUAACA